UUUUUUCUUUUGCAGCACAGCUCUGUCAUUACACUCAUUGGGAAUACUUCUAUGGAACAAUGUUGUGAAAACUCCAGGAGUCGCUGCCAGGGCCUGAUCGGAUUCCUUCAAUCGCCGCCUUCUCCAGAACAGAUGUUCAGCAACGGAUGACUGCAUUAGCCUCUGCCGAGACACUUUUAGGUGGAGAAACGUACAUCUGGAGAUGCCCACCGAAAGUACAAACAGAAACCUGAGUGUUUUGGCAGACGUUCCUCCAAGGAAGAAUCAAUCAAGUGUUGGCUGUUGGACUUCAGCUCUGCCUCGUGUUUGUUGGGACUUUCAGCUCAGUUUGGCCGUGCCGUUUAUAGUCUUGGCUGGGAUUUUAAUCUUGGUUUUACUGUAUUGGGUGCUUAUUCUGCGCCACAGACUCCGCGUCGCUCAGGCUGGAAAUGCUCUAGAAUAUUUCGGUUUCUAUCGCAUGGCUCAGUAUGAUCUAAAACAGCCCAAUUUGGCUGUUGUGAUGACUUCUCCUCCCUCUCCACCUUCACCACCUCCUCCUCCUCCUCCACCUGUUUUUCAUGUCACUCCACCUCCACCACCAUUGUUAUAUGUGACGCCUCCCCUCAUCCACACCACACCACCCAGUCCUCAUCCAUCAUGUGGAACUGCUUCUGAUGCUGAGGUUUACUCGCGGAUUGGAGUCCUGCGACCCUCCAGACCCUGCAGUGUGAGUCAGACGCAGGUGAUCCUGUUUGAACACUCGGCUUUUUGAUGCUUUCAAGUACAACUACAGCUGAUUUCUUUACAGCUGGCUGCUUAUUUUGAGGCUGUUUUGUUGAACAAUGUAAAAAAAAAAGAUAUAGAUACAUAUUUUUGGACUAUGUCUUCAAGACAUCUAGAAUGAUUACUGUAAAGACAACUAGACCCCUGCUAAAAAAAAUCUAAGCAUGUGCUGGUUUGAUCAUAUUUUAUGUUGGUUUUUGCUAGUGCUUUGCUAGCCAUACUGUUCGUGACUGAAACUUGAAUUCAAAAGUGUUCCAAAUUCAGGCCCGUAGCCAGCCAGGUGAAACGGGGUUUAGUUUUUGCUCAAAAAGUGGACCUUUUUGGAGUUACACGGCUCAUAUUUAAUUAUUUAUUUAUUAUUUAAAUAGAUUUUAAGCACUGUUAUUAUCUGGAUUAGCUUGUCGGAUGGUCAUCAUAACCACACUUUUUGAUGUACCAAAAUAUUUCCUAAAGAUUUAGAAUAAAGAAAAAUUUAUUUUUUAAAAUACAAAUUUAUUACAUCAUAUAUCAAAUAAAAUGAAUCUAUUUUAAAUUAAAAACAAGCCUAUUGUCAUUUAUUAGGCAAAUUAUAAAUAAACUGGGGUGCGUUUCCGAAAACCAUCGUUAGCCAACUAAGUAAUUUCCCAAAUCCAUCGUUCCAACGAACAUUCGCAAACUUCUAUACUUGCAACUACAUCUCUAGAGCUGUAUUUAGAAGCAUAGUUCAUGACUGUGUUCUAUUCCCAGUUAUCUCCCCAUAUGCCCUAUUCAUUUAGAACAUUCUGACAUUUAAACUUGGAAUGAUUUUUU